AUGGCAGGUGAUGACGAUUCCGAAGAGAGUGUUCCGCUCGCAAUUUUAAAAGAAAAAUGGGGAGCUGCACUUCGCGCCUUGAUGAGCAAUACCGUCGAUCUCCUUAACAGUUUGAAUACUGAGGCUGAAUUAACGCUACCAGGCGUUCAUGAAUGGAACGAAAAUAUUGAAGAUGAUAAUGCAAAUGACGAGCAUGAAGAAGAAGACGAUUCCGAUGAAGGCAGCGUAUCGGAGGUAGAGGAGAAAAUUAAGCGGACUGAAGCAGUUGAAAUUUUCAACAAGGCGAUAAGGUGGGCUGGUCAUGAAGACGUCGAUCCAAAUGUUGUAAAUGUACUAAGACGUCUAAGAGAGAAAGCUGUGCUCCAACUUUUAGAAACACAGAAGAUAUAGUAAAGGAUGACUGAUUUU